CCACCAUCACUCAGCAAUCAUGGCAUCUGAAGCACAGAUGAAAAGUGAAAUAGCGAGGCUUACCGCCACCAUCAAUUCUCACAAGGCUACAUCUUCAGACCCAUCAAGAUCUCAAAGGAGCAAUACCUACGUGAACCCCAAUUACAAGCCAGUUUACAAGGCACGGAAUACCUACAUUCGCCCAGCAAUACUACCGUCAGAUAGCCGACCGUCGCAGUUGCAUCAAGUGAAGGAAGUUGUCCUUAAUGGCGUUGCCUUUCAGUCAUCAUCGCGGUCGCUUGUCCGUAAAGAUCUUCCGAGACCAUCCGCGCAGAAAUCACCAGCAUCUACAGCUAUACAACCACAAUCGUUCUCAAGAAAGUCUGGUCACCUUAUCGCCAACAACCGUGUAUACAAGUCAAAGCCCAUUCGCGGUCGACGAGGCACACCCGCCAAUCGAAAUAUGACCCUGGCUAACAGCCGAAGGCCUUAUCAGUCCGUCCCGCCACAGGACUCCCACCUCAUGUUCAAUCUGAUUAUUGUUCCCAGAGCCCGGAAACUCGCCCAGAAACGCAUGAAGUAUAUCGACAAGCCAUGCCCUCGGUUCUCUACCACAGGUGUCUGCAGCCGCGGUCUUACGUGCAUGUAUAAUCACGACCCCGACAAAGUGGCUAUCUGCUGGAACUUCUUGCAAGGCAACUGUUCCAAUAAUGCUUGCCUCUUAUCCCAUGAUCCGACACCUGAACGUACACCUCUAUGUCUCCACUUCGCCAAUAAGGGUCGCUGCACUCGCGAGAAUUGUCCUUUUCCGCAUGUCAAUGUAGGCGCUCGCCAAGGCGUAUGCCGCGAUUUUGCUGUUCUCGGAUACUGCGAGAAAGGACUGGACUGCGACAAACAGCACGUUAGAGAGUGCCCUGAUUUUGCUGAGAAGGGUACUUGUACAACCAAGGGGUGCAAGCUUCCUCAUGUUAUCAGGGCUAACCGCAGGAAACCUGUAACGAGCUCAACAGGUGACCCAGCAAGUUUAAUCUACAGUGAUCCUACUCCCUCGACAAUCCUCGGAUCUGGCUCUAAUGGUAACUCCCUUGAGAAACAUUCGUCUGCUAAUGGCCAGCUUGGCGAUGAGUAUGUAUCACUGAUUUUCAUUGAAAGUGACGAAGAUGACAGCGACGAAGAUGAGGAGGAGGAUGUGGAGGAUGAUGCCGACGUCGACGAUGAACAGAACGUGUCUGAAUCUGAAAUACAUCAUAUAGAGUAG